AUGGACCAGGGUAACGAAAACACAUUAGAAGUUUUUAAGCUAGUCUCUGAAGAGGAAAUAGAAAAGCAUUUGCACAAAAAACAGAAGAGAGCAAGAAAAAGAGCUAGGGAGACUGGACAAGAAGGCUUGAGUGAGAAUGUUACCCGGACAGUUGAAGAUGAAAUACAAAGAUUGAGUCCGACAAAGCUGUCGAGCAAAAUCAGGUCCUUUGACUGCAUUGUUGACAGUGCAGAAAUAGCAAAGAUUGUAUGUCAUUUAAGCAACAAUACCCUAGAGCUUCAAAGUUUAAACAUAAAAGAGAAAAAGCCUGUAGCAGAGUGUGUGACCAAACUUAGUUCGGCUGGACAUCGGUCAGAUGUGCGUAGUGUCUGUUUUAGCUCAGAUAACACAGCUGUCCUGUCCACUAGUGGGGAGACCAUGAAGGUGUGGAACAGGACCACACAGCAGUGCAUCAGAACAAUUGACUGUGAGUACGGUCUGUGUUCAAUGUUUGCUCCUGGAGACAGACAUGCCAUCAUUGGAACUAAAAGUGGAAAACUUCAGAUAUUUGACAUAGCUUCGGGAUCUUUGCUGGAAAAUGUUGAAGCUCACUUGGGUGCCGUAUGGUCUGUAUGUAUGUCACCAGACAAGAGAGGCAUAAUCUCUGGUAGCGCUGACAAAGAAGUCAAGUUCUGGGACUUUGAACUCAUAACUGAUGAGAAAUACUCUAAGACGAGCAAGAGGUUAACCUUAGUCCACACAAGAACUCUGAAGAUGUCUGAGGAAGUCCUGUGUGUGAAAUACAGUCCUGACCAAAGGCUUGUUGCAGUCUCCCUUCUAGACAGUACAGUAAAAGUAUUUUUUGCUGAUACACUGAAGUUCUUCUUGUCCCUGUAUGGUCAUAAGCUGCCAGUAACUUGCAUGGACAUCUCCUCGGACAGUUCACUGCUGGUGACGGGGUCGGCUGACAGGAAUGUCAAACUUUGGGGACUGGAUUUUGGGGAUUGUCACAAGUCUAUAUUCGCCCAUGAUGACAGCAUCAUGUGUGUUCAGUUUGUCACCAAAACCCAUAUGUUCUUCACAGGAGGCAAAGAUAAAAAACUUAAAGAAUGGGAUGGUGACAAUUUUGAGCAUAUUCAGACUCUCGAGGGACACCAUGCAGAGAUCUGGUGCCUUGCUGUGAGUCCCAAUGGCAAACAUGUGGUGACGGGGGCACAUGACAAGUCUCUACGCAUCUGGGAAAAGACUGAGGAGCCUCUUGUAUUGGAAGAGGAAAAAGAAAUGGAACGUGAAAAGGAGUACGAGGAAGCCAUUGCUGAUGGUGAAGAACCUGUUGUCCCAGGUGAAGCAGACAGUGAAGUAGGAAUGGCAGGCAAAAAGACUGUAGAAACAGUGAAAUCAGCAGAAAAGUUGAUGGAGGCUGUUGAAGUUUAUAGAGAAGAAACAGCAAAGUACAAAGACCAUGAAGCUGAGUGCAAGAGGACAGGAAAAGAGCUUCCCCCUCCACAACUUCACCCACUAUUUCAAGCUUAUGGUGUGUCCACUCCUGCCAAAUAUGUACUGGAAAUCAUAAGGAGAAUAAAAUCUAGUGAGUUGGAAGAAUCCUUGCUGGUGCUACCAUUCUCGUAUAUACCAGACUUACUAGGACUACUGAGCAUGUUCAUAGACAAUGGAUGGGAAGUGGAACUGACAUGUAGAUGCUUGCUCCUCUUACUCAGAAUCCACCAUGGCCAGAUCACUUCUAAUCAGGUGAUGGUGCCUGUUAUUGAGAAACUAAAAACAAACACUUCCUCCAAAGUAGGAGAGCUUAAAGAUAUUAUUGGUUUCAACAUGGCAGGACUUCAGUUUCUGAAACAGCAGAUGGAACAGAAGGAGGAACUCAAAUUUUUUGCAGAUGCAACGGACAGAUUUAGUCAGAAGAAGAAAAAGCAAAAAUCAAAAGCUGUAUUAGCAUUUAAGACUUGAAGACUCUAAAACAGUGAUGUUCAUAUAAAUUAAUUGCUGGAGAACUGAUAAAAAAGUGUGCAAAACCAGUCUAACACUCCAAGAAUUCUUAAAGCAGAACUUGGAGGAAAGGAUCAGUGACCUGAAGACUGCUUUUAUCAGUAAUGGUACAGAAUGGAUGUAGAAAAUAAUGCUGAUAUAACUACUAUUUUUCCUUUUAUAUGGCCACCCAAAAUGUAUGAUUUUUGGGUAUGAUAUCUCAAACUUUUGUUGGUCUCAUAUUUUUACCUGAAUCUAAUAUAUAGCAAUAAUAGUGAUUAUUGUUAGAUUAUUGCAGAAGCAGAACAAAAUAUGUGGGCCCGACAUUUAAUUGCUAGAAAAUAUAAUGACAUUUGAGUGACAGGAUUACUGGGAAAGUAAGUGUAUUUGUACUAGUGGACUGAUGUCCUCGAUUCAUACCUCUGAAAUGAUAAAAGUCCUCAAAAGAUGAUUCCUAGAACUAAAUCAUAUUUAAUAAAAUUGGAACAAAACAUCUAGUUCAAGUGAUCGAUCACAACUAUAAGAUCAAAUAUUUAGGAGUUCCUGACAGCUGGGUUGGGUUGAGCAAUGAUUUGUUAGUAAAAGAAAAUGUUUUCUUUUUUUUCCUCAAGUAGAUUUGGUGUGAAAACUCCAGAUCCAUGUAGGGUAAUAUAAUCUUUAUAAGCAUGAUCUGCAUGGCCACUUCAGUUCUACAGCCUGAAGG